AUGGCGGCGCAGGGGCUCAUGCGGCGGCUACCACUCCUCCUCCUCCUCCUCCUCCACCCGGUGUCCUUGACCAUGUCGGUGGCCUCGAAAAAGAAGGCAGAAACAGGGCCCGAGCAGCCAGAUCCGAACCAACCUGCCAUAGCCCUACGCAAGUUUGAUGUGCAUAUACGCAAUGGGCUGCGAAUGUACUUGUUGGACAGCCAUUGCUGCUCCAAAGACGACGAUUUGGGGGUGCGUGUCAUAUACCCAGACGAUGAACAAAGGUGGUCGUUCAGAGGGAACUGGCUUGGAUCCACCAAUUUUCAUUGCAAGUUGGAGUGGGCUUAUGGGUUCGUGGAAUUUGAUGCUUUUGCUGAUGAUCUAAACUUUGUCACCAGCUUUUGUGGGGAUUCUUCGUGUGUUUGGACUGCAAAACAAGAUGGCCUUUAUUUGGCCGACCAAAAUGGUCAACUUGUUUUUAAGGAUCAUUGGGAAUUGGUUCCAUGA